GAAAGAAAUGAGCAAACUUGGAGAUUCCGCUUUUCAAGGAUACUCUGUGGUCACUGUCUACUUCAGAAGUUUCAUCUUCUCUAAUUUCUCGCUUUUUUUCUAUAAUUUGACAGAUAGGAACGCCUUUAACAAGGAUGUAGCAGAAGUACUACAACAACUGAGUCGCAGCUUGCAGGAUUUGAACUAGUCUUCAUUGAGGGUCUGUAUCUAUCCUAAUAGAUCUUGUCAUUGGUCUGUCAGUAAGAAUGAAGUCGAAAGGUGCCACUACUAUCAUUUUUGCGAUAUCAUUCGGAUGAAG